AUGUGGAAUAAGGUUGAGCUAUGCAAGGGUUGGAAAUAUGUGGCGGCAGAAAUGAUAAAGGAGGAACAUUUAAAGGUUCCAGUUGAAUGGGAGAAGGAACAUCCAGAGUGUUUUCCGCAGUGCAUGGAGGGUUUUGAGGCAUACUUCCGGGUUGCAAGUCCUGGUACGCCGAGAGCAAGAGCAAUGGCUGGCCGGUGGAUGGUGUUGCUUCUUCUCGGCCUCGCUGCCGGUGGCGGCGUUAUUCAAGCCCACGGGCAGGUUGAUAGCUUAGGUUUCAUAAGCAUAGACUGCGGUCUCCAUGUGGAGACGGGCUACGUGGAGAACACCACCAAGCUCUCAUACGUCCCCGACGCUGCCUUCACCGACACCGGCACCAACCACAACAUCUCGGCCGAGUACUUAACGCCGACGACGGACAAGAUCUGGCGCAACGUGCGUAGCUUCGGCGGCGGCGACGGCACGCGCAGCUGCUACACGCUCCGGUCCCUAGUGUUCGGGCUCAAGUACCUCAUCCGGGCCAUGUUCUUGUACGCCAACUACGACGGCCUCAACAGGUCGCCCACCUUCGACGUCUACAUCGGCGUCAACUACUGGCAGACCGUGAACAUCUCGGAAGGUGACAUGCCGGUGAUCGCCGAGAUCAUUACCGUCAUCUCUGUGUACCUGGAGGUGUGCCUCGUGAACACCGGCUCCGGGACGCCCUUCAUCUCCAGCCUCGAGCUCAGGCCUCUGCAGAACAAGCUCUACCCACAAGCGGACGCGUCCCGAGCGCUGGUUCUCGCCGGCAGAGCCAACGCUGGCGCAUCCACGGAUAUUUUCGUAAGAUACCCCGACGAUCCGCACGAUCGCAUAUGGAUCCCGUUGACAAUGGACGAGUGGUCGGCGAUCUCAACGACCAACAAGGUGCAGAACGGCGUCACUGACAUCUUUGAGGCGCCAUCGGCCGUGAUGCAGACUGCCGCCACGCCCACCAACUCCUCCAGGCCAAUCGUUGUCGCAUGGGACGUAGAGCCCAGCGCCAAAGAUAAACCGCCCGGGUAUAUCAGCCCAUUCAUUUUUGCUGAACUGCAACGCAUUCCCAGCAAUGCCAUCCGCCAGUUCCAUGUCAAGCUCAACGGAAAGUUGUGGAAUCAGACAACACUGGGCCUCAGGUACCUCGAGACGAUCGUCCUCUACAAUCCACAACCAGACUACGCCUCCCAGCAAUACAUUUUCUCACUGGAGGCCACGGCCAACUCCACACUCCCGCCGAUCUUGAACGCCUUUGAGGUGUUCUCCGCCAUCCCCACCACUGGCAUAGCCACGGUCCCUCAGGAAGUUUCUGCAAUCACGACCGUUAGAAACAAGUACCAGGUGAAAAGGAACUGGAUGGGUGAUCCGUGCGCGCCCGUGAAUUUCGUAUGGAAUGGACUGCGUUGUAGCUAUGCUGUUUCUAGCCCACCAACUAUCACAGGCUUGAAUCUAUCUUCCAGUGGUCUGAGUGGAAACAUGUCAUCUGCUUUUGCAAGUCUCAAAGGUUUAAGAUACUUGGAUUUGUCACAUAACAAUCUGACGGGCUCCAUUCCUGACACCCUUUCGCAACUGUCUUCGCUCACACUUCUAGAUUUGACCGGAAAUCAACUCAGUGGAUCAAUUCCUUCUGGGCUUUUAAAAAGAACACAGGAUGACACGUUUACACUUAGAUACGGUGAUAAUCCAAAGCUAUGCAACAACGGAAACUCCUGUCAGCCUCUAAAAAAGAAGACCAGAUCUAUGCUUAUUGUCUAUGUUGUUGUUCCCAUAUUAGCAGUAUUGCUGAUAGUGCUUCUAUCAGUACUACUCCUUUGCAUCCGAAGGAGAAAGCAAGCAACAAUAACCAAUAGUGUCAGGCCGCAGAACGAGGGAAUUAUCGUGAACACUCAGAGAAGCAAUGGACACACCUCAUUGCAAAUCGAAAAUCGUCGGUUCACGUACCAUGAACUGGAGGCCAUCACGAAUGGCUUCCAGCGAGUGAUCGGCCGAGGAGGGUUUGGGAAUGUCUAUGACGGAUUCUUGGAGGAUGGCACCCAAGUUGCUGUCAAACUACGGUCUGAGUCUUCACAGCAAGGUGUACAAGAAUUCCUUACGGAGGCUCAGACCUUGGCUAAGAUUCAUCACAAGAAUCUUGUAUCUUUGAUUGGCUACUGCAAGGAUAAAGAGUAUCUGGCUCUUGUCUAUGAAUACAUGUCUGAAGGAUCCCUACAUGAACAUCUUAGAGGGAGAGAGCACAACACCAGAUCAUUAACCUGGAGACAAAGACUUCAUAUCGCCAUGGAAUCUGCGAAAGGACUUGAAUAUCUACACAAGGGAUGCAACCCGCCCCUCAUUCAUAGAGAUGUCAAGACAGCCAAUAUCCUGCUGAAUGCAAACCUGGAUGCCAAGAUCGCUGAUUUUGGCCUGCUCAAGGCUUGCAAUAGUGAUGGUGAUACCCAUGCGUCCACGGCCAGGCUGGUUGGCACUCCUGGUUACCUUGCUCCUGAGUAUCGAGCAACAUUUCAAGUGACCAACAAGAGUGAUGUGUACAGUUUCGGCGUAGUGCUGUUGGAGAUAGUCACAGGGAGACCAGCCUUGAGGAGUAAUCCAGAACCUACGAGCAUUGUCCAAUGGGUUCGACAAUGCCUUGCCCGUGGAAACAUUGAGGGCGUGGUAGACUUACGCAUGGGGGGCAACCAUGAUAUUAACAGCGUCUGGAAAGCCGCAGACAUGGCGCUCAAGUGCACGUCACAAGCGCCAGAGCAGCGGCCCACUAUGACUGACGUGGUGGCGCAGCUGCAUGAGUGCCUUGAGCUUGAGGUUGCGCGCGGAGACACAGAUGCUGAUUUUUACACGGCCGCGGCCGCAAGUAGAGGCAACCCGAACGGCAACCAUUGGUAUGCUAGUGCCAUGUCCACUGACGUGAGCCAAAGCAGCACUGUGUUUGAGAUGGAGCAUUUGCAAAGAGUGUCAACUAUUUCUACUGGUCCAGCUGUGAGGUGA